AUUUCCCAGAUAAUUGCGGAAUGCUUGAACUUUCCGGAGGGUUAAAGCUCAAAUAAGUUCCCCGAAAUAAUGCCAGAAUCGAUAAUGGAGUGCGGUGAUUUCAGCGACUUUCAAGAUGCCUUAAAAUCAAUGAGAAGAACAGACGAUCUGAUCAUAAACACUUUAAACGCCGUUAUUCCAACCGAUUCCUUCCAUCCAGAUGCUAAACACGCGUGUACGGAGCUUAAAGGAAAAAUUCAGGAAGGUAACAUAAAAAGGGAAAGUGCCAUUAAAAACUGUAUAAAUAUAGCUGCCGAUAGAGUUAAAAGACUUAAAGAGGAACGUGAAAAGAAUUUAGGUGAUAUACAACUAUCGAAAGAGUUGAGAGCUGAACAAACUAAAUUGAGGAUGUUACAAGUUGAAUUAAGCGUAGAAGAAUUGGUUAAACAAAGAUCCAUGCAAGUUUUUAAUGAAAGAUGUAGAAAAUAUAUGGUGUGACAUCACAAAAAUGAAGAUGUGCCUUUUUAGUUCUUUUUUUUUAGUUGAAAAUGUUUUACUGAUGUUUUACAUUAAUUAAAGGAAAAUAGGUUUAUUUUUUUUUAAUGGAACCUUAUUAAUUCUUUAUAAUAUAUAGAAAUGAAUAAAGACGUUUUCAUUAUCAUGUUUA